AGAAGCUUUGUGAGAGGACCAAAGGCCAAAUCUUGGCGCGAUCCCAAAUUGCCCUCUUUUCUUUUCUUAUUAUAUACAACAUCAUCUUCCUGUAUACCCAUUCCCUGUGACUCUAUCUCUGUUCCUCACUGUUAUCAUGCGCACCCUAGGUGCUGUUGGAUAAGCUCUGUGCAAAGGAUCAAAUAGCCGCCAUGCAGACUUAUUAUUGUCCAUUCAUCUCAGAGAAUAAGAUCCAGUUAUUGCUCAUCUGCAUUUAUAACUGUUUUCGCAGCCGUUAAGUUUGUUGCGAAGGCAUUGUUGGCAUUCUAAUUUAUCGGUUUUAGUUAGUUUGAUUGGCGGUCCCUUCUUUACAUCAUGCCACCAAUCCAGAGGCUUUAUAAUGCUUGCAAAUCGUCGUUUUCUCCCAAUGGACCAGUGUCAGAAGAAGCUCUUGAAAAAGUCCGCACAAUGUUAGACAAAAUCAGGCCUUCUGAUGUAGGUCUCGAACAGGAGGCACAAUAUGCACGGGUAUCGUCAGGUCCCAUGCAUCAGUGUAAUGGCAGCCAUCCAUCACUACCACCAAUCAAAUACCUGCAUUUACACGAGUGUGACAGCUUUUCUAUAGGAAUCUUUUGCAUGCCACCUUCCUCUAUUAUACCCCUUCAUAAUCAUCCUGGAAUGACUGUGUUGAGCAAGCUUCUAUAUGGUUCAUUAUAUGUAAAAUCAUAUGAUUGGCUUGAUUUUCCUGCAGCUGCUGAUCCAUCACAAGCAAGACCGGCAGUGCUUGUUAGGGAUACUGAGAUGAUAGCGCCUUGUGGGACAACAAUCCUUUAUCCAUCGUCUGGGGGCAACAUCCACACUUUUGAAGCCGUAACUCCCUGUGCUAUCUUAGACAUCCUGUCUCCACCUUACUCUUCAGAGAAUGGGCGUCAUUGCACUUAUUUCCGGAAUUCUCCAAGAAAGGAUCUACCCGGCGAACUUCAGUUGAAUGGAAUGACCGUUUCUGACGUGACUUGGUUAGAAGAGUUUCAACCCCCUGACAACUUUGUGAUUAGGAGGGGGCAGUACAGGGGACCCGUCAUCAGACGUUGAGAAUUCUUGUUUUGGGUGUGCCGUACAUUUGAAUGAAUUAGGAUUUUCCAUAUUAGGAAACAUUGGGGGGAAGCUCUGGUAUAUGAGUUGUCAAUAGCCUUGGCAAUAAUUAAUCCUAUUGGCUAUAUAAGUUUAGGUAUUUGGAAUGUACAUAUUUAUAUACCAUUAUAGUACUUCCAUUCACUGACCUCACCUUUAACUAGUGGAACAGUCACCGGAAUUUGUGAGAACUUGCGUCUGAUAAAGUUCUUAUGGGGAAUUUUUCUCCCAUUGCAAUAGGCAGAUGCAAUCUUUUUGUCGCCCUAGUCAAGCAGCUGGGUGUAGAACUACUUUCUAGUCCUCAAAUCAUCUUGCGUUGCUCAAGCUCAACUUUGUUUAACAGGUGAAAACCAAAGCUCAAUUUGUCACCUUCAGCUUA